AUGCCCGCCGUCGACAUUGACAAGCCUCGCGUGGCCUCUGUUGAAGUAUUUGGGAAGCUGCUAUCUGAUUUGCUGGACGAAGCUUCUGUUGCCAAGCAGUCACUGAGCAUUGAGCCCGCAGUUACCAAGUCUGACCUUGCGGACCUGACGUCGCGGGUGAAUGCGGCGCUGCCGACGAAAGACGAAGAAGCCACAGAGAGCGAUGCCGCUGCCGCAGACCUAAAAGCUCGGCAGUUUGCCAUUGUCGAAGGCGCUUCAAGAGAUCUUUUUGGUGCUUUGAUACCGCCGUCUAACACUCCCAAGGCGUCAACCCCAAUCGAUUCUCCCGACUUUGUGCGAAUGUGGAAUUUCCUCGACAUUCUCUCCAUACUCUCCGAUGAUGGCCAAUGCGAUGCGGCGCUCGUCUUCUGGCUGGUGGAGGAGCUGCUCGACAGCCAAACGAUUGCAGGAUGCCGCCACCUCUUUGACUUUCUCGAAUCGCGACGAGAGCGGAUGACUGCUAAGAAUUUUUCGCAAAAGAAGCUGGUCAUCCUCCGCAGUUGCAACGAGCUACUGCGCCGACUGUCACGGGCCGAGGAUACCGCAUUUUGCGGCCGUGUCUUCAUCUUCAUGUUCCAGUGUUUUCCUCUCGGCGAUAGGAGCUCGGUCAACCUGCGCGGCGAGUAUCACGUCGAAAACGUCACGACAUAUGAGACCACAACAAACGGCAGUUCCACGAAAAUGGAUAUUGAUAUCGAGGCUCCGGUUGCCGAGACGAAUGGUGAAAAGAAGUUGGAUGCAAAGGACAGCAAGGCUAAAGAGGGCGGGAGUCGCCUCAGCUCUGAGGAACUAUAUCCUUUGCUCUGGUCGCUCCAGGAGAGCUUCAGUCAACCCACGACACUCUUCGACGCCGCCAAGUUUUCUCAUUUUAAACACAGCUUAGAGGAGACUUUGAAAGCUUUCGAAUCGCUACAUGCCGACGAUCCAAGGUCGUCGAAGCGGAAGCGCAAUGACGAAGGAGCCGCAGUAGCGGAAGCAUUUAACCCCAAGUACCUCACUAGUCAGGAUCUAUUUGUGCUCGAGGUAAUAAACGACUUGUCUUUCCGACGACACGUUCUCGUCCAAGCUCUCAUUAUCACAGAGUUUCUGCUGUCUCUAUCAGCAGAGGCAAAGCAGAAACUUUCCAGCCUCCCGGCUGCCAACAAGGCUGUCGUAUACAGCGAACAACUAAGCGAAGAAAACACAAAAUGGGCGACGGAAACCAAGCGACGGAUAUCCGAGUAUCUAAGGCAAGGCGUCGACGGCCCCUACUUCCUCCGUAUGGUCGAGACGGUGCUCGCGCGUGACAAAAACUGGGUGUUUUGGAAAAUGACCAGCUGCCCGCCCAUUGAGCGGGCACCCGUGGCCGCGGCUGACUUUGUCGCGGCCCGAACGUCGGCGGAGCGCAUGGCGACGAGCAAGCGCCUGCGCCCGACGCCCAUGGGCGCCGUAUCCAUGGAGUUUCUCAACCGGGCGGCGUCCCAGACGAGCAUGGACGAGCUGCAGCCGCCCGCACGAUCCGCGCUGCCCGCGCUCGCGAGUUUCGAGCGGCCGCUCGCCGACGACGACUUUGAGAUUGCCAUGCCCACCAGCGACGUGACCAAGGCGGCCGCCGUCUACGGCAAGUCGAGCAAGAGCUGGCGCGCGCUACGCAUUGCGGCCCGCACGCGCCUCGCGGCUUUUGACAAGAUUGACGACCCCAACGCCAUUGCCGUCGUCUUUGCUGAGCCCACCGAAAGUGACGAUGAAGCGGACGGCGCCGAGGACGCAGCGGCGUCGGAGGAAGACAUGCCGCCUAGCCGCGCGCCUAUCGUCCUUGUCGGCGCCGCGCUAGAGACGCUCCGUGCCGUCACCGCCGCGCUGCUGAAUAAGCACAAGGGCGUGUUUGCGGCCGUCGUGCGGCACACGACGCGCACCAAGGCCGACAACGAGACGCACGGCAAGGCGUUUCACUUUGUCAGCGCGCCAGACUUUGGCCAGCUCCGCGACGGCGACCGCCUGAUAGAGCAUGGCGUGCGCGACGGCAGCGACUACGGCACGAGCACCAAGGCGAUCGACGCCGUGACGGAAGCCGGCAAGGUUCCCAUCCUCCAACUCGACACCGAGGCUGCUCAGUUCGCCAAGGACAUGGAUUUCGAGGCGCGUUACGUUCUCGUCGGCCCAUCUACUUCUGACGGCGCCGAGGUCUACGAUGCCGUCAUCGCCGCGGAUAGCGAGGACGCCGACAAGGCCGCCGCCGAGCUGAGCGCCUUUCUCUACGGUGGCGGUGCCGAGAACGAGGAGGAGGCCAAGGCUGAUGCUGAGAGCUCCUCGGAUGACAGCGACGAGGACGAGGACGAAGAGGAUGAGGCGGCCAAUGCGGAUGCCGAGAUGGCAGAUGCGGAUGGAAAGCCAGAAUAA